AUGAUGAACUUUGAUUUGUGGGCGUUAGAGUCACCCGACCUCGGGGCUUUCACCACUGUCUUUAGGGCCCUCAACCACCUCCAGCCAUUCGUGCCUCCUCGAGGGGGUGCCUACACCCACGCAGAGCUUGACACACCCUCCACUGACGCCGGCCCGCCCUCUUCACUUCCGACGGACUCGGAGUUCAUAGAAGGCUCUACGGUAUGGAACCAGAGCAUGCUAGCGUCUUAUCUCGCAUCCUCGAGCUCCUCACACACACGCUCAACGUUGACCAGCAUGACUGCAAGCCCGUGCCUUCCAAAUCCCGACGACAACUUUGAUGACUCCGGAGAAGAGACGGAAGGCGAGCUUGAACCGCUCAUAUUCACGUUCACGACACCUAGUCGAUCACAGUCUCAUAAUUCGGAUGCAGAUCUGAGUCACGACCAUUCACUUUCUGAUGGUGAUAUUGACUUAGGGGACCAACCCAGUCUUGGUGACCUCGGUGGCGCGUUUUCCUUUCUUGCUGCGGAGCGUGCCAGAAUUGCUGCCCGUGACCGUGGUACAGGUAAAGAUAGCUCCACGAGCGAUGGCGCUUGGAGAAACGAGGCAGAACCUCGCCGUACACGAAAGCGGAGAAGGAAAAAGGCGAGGGUCAUUCAACUCCUGCAGCGAGAUCGAGAAAAUGUGGAACAGGAGAGCACGAGUCACACCACGGGAACCAGCACAGUAUUGGGCGUAUCUGGGACAACCGGCGUUAUCGCUGUCUCCUCGAACCCAGAGCCCGAACCUGAGAUAGGAGAGUCGUCGUCUUCUGGCGAUAAUGUUGCUGUUACUAUGCCUUCGACGCCUGCACACAAGUCAUCGUUAGAUAGGCUACGCCACAGUCGUUCUACCCCAUCAUUGCAUCUAUCACAGAUACCCACCAAUCCUCAAAUUCUUAAGUUACGUUGCCUUGCCCAUAAGCUACGACUCAAAUUCCCGGAGGACUACGACCGCAUUACGGCGUUACUCACGCAGGACUUUAGUGGUGCCGAUUCCGACUUCUCAGACCCUAGGGGUCCAGCGCCGCGACCUAGAGACUCUUUGAUUCAUGUUUUUAUCGACCAUUCGAAUAUCCUUAUCGGUUUCUUAACCUAUGCUCGCCGUCACGCCUCUCACUCGGGUAGGAAACGACGCCUCUCCCACGCAGCCCUCGCGCUCCUCCUUGAACGCGGACGCCCCAUUACGCGGCGUUGCCUAGCCACUUCCUCUCCGCUGUAUCAACCAACAGACACAGCCGAACAACUCGGGUACGAAGUUUGCAUUUUUGUGCGUGUGCCAGACGGUGGGAAUGGCCAGUACCGUCGUCCACCAAGUGCCAACACCAAUGCAGAAUCAUGGCGCAAGGGACACGCGCGAGCAUCAUCAGACUCUGAUAAAGGCGUAGGUGGAAGCGGAGGCACAGGCUUGACUGCGUCUGGGAACGGCGGCCGUAAUGGACGCGUCCGCUACCGAGAGCAGGGGGUCGAUGAGCUGUUGCAGCUUAAGCUGCAUCAGGCGAUCGCGGAUGUGGACGUGCCGCGCCCGGGUGCGACAAUAGUGCUAGCAACGGGUGAUGGGAACGUCGGGCAGUUCAGCGACCAGGGCUUCCUUGGUCCUGUGCGAAUCGCACUGAAGAAGGGAUGGCGCGUCGAGCUGUACGCAUGGGAGGAGGGCCUGAGCCGUGCGUGGAAGAAGGAGUUUGGGGAGGGCACGCCGUGGAAGGAUAGGUUUCGCAUUAUCAAGAUGGAGGAUUUCGGAGAGGACUUAUUAGAGGUCGAAUAG